AUGCUUGAUCCCGUCGUCCUGGUUUCUCGACAGAAUUUGUGCAUCGAUUUGGUCGCAUUGAGGCAGAUGUUCCAGGAGGCGAAUGCAAAUCCAAGUCUGUUGCAGUCUCUGUUCUCCGCGAAUCGUGAGUCGCGCCGAGAAGCACUGGACCGACUGAUUGCCUGUUUGGAUUCAGCUGACUGCGGUUCGGCCGAUCCACCGGCUCUCACGGUAACCUAUGCGUUCUUCGACUUGCUUCUCGCUUGGACUGUAGGUGCGUGUUUCACCUUCUGGCUCGACUGUCAGGGUCAGUCGGAAUCGCCCAAUUUACCAACACAAGCAGAAGCACAAACACUAGUAACUGGAGGCUUGCAAUAUUUAACUGUGGUGAUUUCGAAAUUCGCGGAGGCCGAGUUUCUUCUGAGUGAUCAGGAAGUGGAACUGAUGUUACACGCUCUCUUAUCCGAUCAGGCACCCAGUUUGCCUUCAGGCCUGAUGAGUCAGGCUUUAGAUCAAUCCGUUCGCGGUGCGGUAACCGGUUUGAUUCGACUUUUACGUCAGGUGUAUCCUGCUUCCGGUUUGAUGGUCCGUAUUGCAGAUUUGCUUCACCGUUGUGUGUCGGCUUCGGCUCGUCAAACCUGUUUGCAAGAACUGACCAGUCUCUUGCCUCGAUUCGGUGAUGCACGCGGGUUCAAUUUGUCGUUCACACUCAAACUGGUCGCCCAGCGCAUUGCGGAUCCCGUUCUUGGGGUGCGUCAGUCCGCACUCGAGUGCCUUCGUGUCGCAUAUCGCUUAGUCGGCGCAGAAAUGUGGAAUCUGGCUGGUCCGUUGCAUCAUCGAGAUCAGGAGAUGUUGCGGACAUAUUUAUCCAUCGAUCCACCGGGUCCCGUUGUUCCUGACUCCAUGUCUUUUGGACACACCACACCCGUUGUCCACAAUCCGCAAUCAUUCAGCCACGCUGCGGAAUCUUGCAUCGAAAUGGAUCGAUCUACGCAAAAUGUGUCACAACCUUCGAUUAGUUUGUACGGAAAAGUUCCUGGCACCAGCGCGAAAUCCACUUGUCGUCGCCCUGCGAGCCCACCUCCGUCGCACCGAUCCCCUGCUGCUCUAAGUGUGCUCGUACCUUUGAUCAAUUUGCGCAACUGUUUGCAAACGACAGAAGCCAUGCGUCAGGCGGCAUCGGAUAAACUAAACGCUGCGUUGAUUUGUCUGGUCGGGCAAUUGGACGUUUCUCUGUUCCGUACGGGCAACCAUCUGGCAGAGUCCAAUAAUGCAGAUGAGACUUUGGCUGUCAUGGAUGAGAGUCAGCAAGCGACAGAAGAGGAUCGCGUGACAGAUGAUGAGUCGGAUGUAUUGAAUAAUGUGCUACUUGGUGCAUUGGUUGAUCUGGAAACAUUGGUUUUGGAUCCACGAACUUGUGAGCUGUUGGUUCCCUUCGUCAAUGCUAUCGUGGAUCGUUUAUCCUCUCUGUCUCAGUGCCUGGCUCACACCGAACGUAACGCGGGACAUAUCGUAUUUACCAAUUGUUUGACUGGAAUCCUCGUUGUGCUGUUUGAACAACCGUUUCUUGUUCGUGAGGUUCAGGAGAAUAGCUUCAAAAAUCUCUUGACCAAUUUGUUCUUGUUGGCCGAACAUAGUCGACUGUUGAGUGGGACGCAAUUCCGUUCGAACGCAAGCCGUUUGACUGUCCUACGCCUGAUCUGUUUCUUGCUUUCCUCAGUCGAUCGGACGUUAACUUUUAGCGUUCUGCUCCGUCUCGUGCAUCAAUGUUGCUUGGAACUUGAACCGAAGGCUGCUCCUCAUUCAGUGCGCUCCACGCGCCGACGCUCCGCACGUUUGUCAUCUGCGGCGGCGAUGACUGCAUCCGCAGCAGGGAACAUGACGGACAUGGUUCCAGAAUCAUCGCAAGUGCACCCGUCCGGAGACUCACCAGUUCCUGGUGAACUCAGCUCGAAAAUAUUGCCGUCCGUGUUGGACCACCUCGCAUUUCAGACACAGUCAUUGAGCUUGUGUGUCGAUCAGAUUGCAUGGUCCGGUCUGGUGCCAGUGCUUGCCAGUCUCUUGUCACUGUUCGAUAAUGUUCCGAAGAAGACACAGAGAAAGGAAAGCGCUCACAGAAACCGAACGGUUUCGUUGAUUCCUGCGAAAGUUAAAGCCUGUGUUCGAAGACUGAUCGUCGAGGCGUAUGCUUUGCUUGGUCCGAAACUGUUGGAGGAUGCCGAAGCGCUUUCAAAGCAGUCUCCGCUUGUGACCUAUCUUCAACAUUUGGUACAACUGAUGCCCAGCGCUCCGUAUGGUCAUUGUCGUCCGCAGUCUAAAGAACCGUAA